UUUACUCUGAUUCUUAGUUACGGAAUAUACCGGAGAAUUUCCGGUUAAAGCCGCCCAUUACCGUUAGUUGAUAGAAACCAAUAUGGCCGACGUGUAGCUGGGGAAGAAUGAGUUGUUUUUAUCAGAUUUUAUGAUAUUAUGGGAGUUCACGGUGAAACAACCAUGAAGUCUUCAAAUUCUCUAAGAGGACAGAUGGGACUAAGAAGUGGUCCAUUAGCACCAACUUCAGCCAAGCUGACAACACAAUAUCUGGUGCUUGAUCACAUGACCAAUCAUUAUAGUAAAAUUACUAAAGCUAAGUCUGCUAUUGACAACAAGCCUCCAAAGUCUAUGAGCACAAGUCAGAAAGCUCGAGAUCGUAAGACAAGAGAUGUAGUACAGAAGACUGGUCAGAGACCAAUGUCAGCCACAAAAUCCACACGUCGGCCUCACACAACAACUGGUUACUACAACGAUGAUGAUAUAUAUAAUGAAAACCUUUGGGGAGAAGUUGAUCCGGAAGAUGAAGAAGAGAUGAUGAUACAUAACAUUAUGAGGACAACACUGCGGGAGAAUCAUGAUCCUGAUAGCCAUCAGGCUGGGAACCCAAACCAGAAUCCUGACACGUUCAGUCCAUAUGCCAGGGUAACACGGCAGAGACCUAGUUCUGCCAGGUCUGCUCGGUCUAUGGGCAGUGCUGUUUCUCGAACCAUGGUUCAGGUACCAGCAAAGAGAGGAACUUACGAUGGGGACUUGCUAGAGAAGAGAGCACAAGUGUUUACAGAACAGAAGCCAUUCACUCCCAGAACUCUCAAGACAGACAGGAAGUCACGUCUUAGUCAGUACAAGUACUACAAUAAACUACCGCCAAAAGAAGACAAGACUAAGAAACAAGAAGUGCCACAGGAACAAACAACAGAAAAGAAGCAGGUAGAGCCUACAAGUGAAUCCAGACCGCAACCUAAACCCAGACACACAAGGCUAGACCGGACUCGUGAAGGUCCAGUAACGAUGAACUCCUUAAUGUUUGAGACGCUCCAUAGCAGAGAUUUCAGCAAAUAUAAUGAUAAAAAUGGACAGAAUUCUGACAUUCCAAAACUUGAUAUUUCCAUGGACACAGAUCAUUUGAAAUGGAUUAAAGAUCAGGCUUCUAAAGCUAGCGCGAGAGCAAAUAAUGAUACAAUGAAAUCAACGGUACACGAAGAGGAUCAUUUGGACACAAGUGUUGAUUUUGGGAAUACCGGUGAAAUGUCGCUAACAUAUGGAACACUUGGUAGUUCAAAAACAAGACCCACGUUAGGGACAAGUAAGAAGAUGAAUCCGGAAAGAAAACCCAAGCAUGUACAGUUACCUCCCAAAAAUACAGAAAAUACAGGGGAUGAGGAAGCCAUGUAUGUAAGGUUUAUGAGAGAUGUAACUAAUGAGGUCCUAGACAGGGGAAUUUAUACAGACAGGGCAUUGAGACAAGUGUUUAAAUCACAUAUAGCCAGGAAUAAAGGCCAUUUAGAUGAGCUUCGUAUGCAUGAGAUAUUGGACAGCAUCAGGAAGGAGUUGGACAUUCCGCGUUACGAUAUUGAUGAUGAUACCAGUCUAAAUAUGACAAAUGUUACGGAACCAUACAAUGAGAACGGCAUUGAUUCAACAAUAGAGCCAUACAUGUCUCCUGAUUAUAAACCUUCAAAGUUCAGAGGUCAUCAUACAUUUGAUAGUGAAACAGGGUUAAAUGGUACCAUGGACGCAAGCAUAAAAUCCAGGGCUUCAAAAGUAAGCACUGUACCGUCUGCUGAUUCAUAUCCAUUCAAAAGUGCAGACGACGAUGAAUUGUAUAGUACAAUAAGGUCAGAUAUGAACAAUUCUGCAAAUCUCACUGACACACAAGCUCUGAAAACAUAUCAGAUGAGCAUUAAUGAGCAAGAAGAGCUUGAAGAAGGGGAGGUAAAUGAAAGUCACGAGGAAGGGGAAGUCACUCCAAGGGAACAUCAAAGGGAGGUAAAUGUAAGGGCUGUAAGUACUGCUGAUAAUAGUACAAGAGUUUCUGAAGAGGAAGAAGAAGAUUAUGAUGAUGAUUAUGAAGAUGAUGGUGAUGAUGAGGAUGACGAUGGUCAUCAUACAACUGAGCCAACAGCCACAUACAGAACUGAUGAUGAUGAUGAUUUUUAAAUGAUGAAAAUAUCUAUUUUAUUGUUAAAUGCUAUAAGAGUUUAUUGUUUAUUUGGUUAUCUUGUUUAUUUGUAAAAGCUUAUGUAAUUUAUUUUAUUUGUGAAACUUUAAAAGUUUACUGAAUUCAAAGAUGUACUAACAAAUAUGAUGAGCUUAUGCUAUAAAAUAUCAUUUCCGCAAAAAUAUGUUUUGUUGAAUAUAAAUUCAUUAUUUUCAAUCUUGUAAAUAUAGCAAAUUUACUUGCAAAAAAAGUGAUUAUGACAUUUAUUUAAACAUGGUGUAAACUAUGUGCAAAGUCUCUAUGAUGUAUUAAACAUUUCAACUUAGCUCCCACCCCUUAUCGAAAGUCUAUUUCCAGAUGUAUAUAUAAAAAAAAUCACAGGGUAUUCUUUGUAUGAUUUUAUCUUCAUUUCUCUUUUCUAUUUCUCUUCUUUAUUUUUUUUUGAAGAAUUGUUUUUAUGUCUGUGAUGUCAAAAGAAAGCUGUCUCUUACAAAAUCCAUCCAUAUUUGUGAUACAUGCUUUUAUUGUGUCAUUGAUAUUUUGUAAUAUAUCUAAUAUAUCUCACUUAGUGCAAUCUCAUCCUCAUGUCUGUGUUCUAUAUUUUCACAUGUUUUCAUUGUAACAAUUUGUCUUAUCGUCCCUUGCUUUAUCAUUAUCAUUUACUAGUUAGUCUGGUGUCAUGUAAAGAUUGAAAAGUUAUAACUUAAAAGUGUGACAAG